CAACACAAGUAAUGGUGGAUACGGUAAUCAGCAGCGAGAGAAGGGAAGGGAGGGAUUUGCAGGGAUCAAUAGAAGGCAAAGUCUCCCACCCGUCUCUCUCUCUCCCUCUUUACCUUUCUCUGUGAUUCGUAGAUCUCUUUUCUUCAAUGGGUUUGUGGGAAGCUUUUCUCAAUUGGCUUAGGAGCCUCUUUUUCAAGCAAGAAAUGGAAUUAUCCUUGAUUGGACUUCAGAAUGCUGGGAAAACCUCACUUGUGAACGUUGUUGCAACCGGUGGAUAUAGUGAAGAUAUGAUUCCUACAGUAGGAUUCAAUAUGAGGAAAGUAACCAAAGGAAAUGUUACAAUAAAGUUAUGGGAUCUUGGUGGUCAACCCAGGUUUCGCAGCAUGUGGGAGCGAUACUGUCGUGCCGUUUCUGCUAUUGUCUAUGUGGUUGAUGCUGCUGAUCACGAAAACUUGAGUAUCUCAAAGAGUGAGCUUCAUGAUUUGCUGAGCAAACCUUCGCUGAGUGGUAUUCCCUUGUUAGUGCUAGGUAACAAGAUCGACAAGCCAGGAGCUCUGUCUAAAGUGGCUUUGACUGAGGCAAUGGGACUCAAGUCAAUUACUGACAGAGAAGUUUGCUGCUUUAUGAUCUCAUGCAAGAACUCUACCAAUAUUGAUGCGGUUAUUGAUUGGCUUGUGAAGCAUUCAAAAUCAAAGGGCUGAGAGGACUGUUAUCCUGUGACUGUAUUUCUGUGUCAUAAUAUCUUAUUUAACUUGGUUGCUGAUUUACAUACUUCUUUGCUGGGAUAGAUCCUGUACAGUAGGUAAUUCUGUUUCUCAGUGAGAAUGUGAGGUUUUUUCGUGGUUUUAACAUUUCAUGUAUGCUGCUGCUGCUGCUGCUGUUUUGUUUUAUUUUCCUUUUUGGUUUAGAGGAGCUAUGCCUCGCUGGUAAAGACCGAAUCUAGCUUUGGUAGCGGACGGAUCUUUAUCGCCAGCAGAAAGCACUCUAAAGUACUCUCAUUUGCUAGCUUGUUGCCGUUUGUUUUGGCUUCCCUCUGUUGAUAUGAUUCUAUCCAAACCGCUAAUUUAGAACUGAUGGGGAUACAUAGUUCAUUCUGGUUUGCUUGAA